ACGGAGACUUUGCUCGGCCUUUCCUCUGGAUUCAGUGGAAGAAUUUGGACGUGGAUUAUUAGCACACCACCACCACCAAGAUGCCCAGCAGACCUAAUUCUGCAGUAAUCAUUUCUGAGAACAAACCAGGGAAGAAAAUUAAACCCAACAAGAAAGAGAAGAUCAAUGCAGAAAAAGUCAGUGUCUAUGUGCCGGGUAUCCCAGAGCCGACGAGCAGAGCUGAGCUCAUGAAAUAUUGGAUUAGUUUGUCUUUGGACGAUAAGACUGCCAACAAGAUGUUGUGGAUUUCUGAAAGCGGGUCUAAAGUGUGUCGCAGAACUGAGGAGGUCUGUCCUGUCCUGGAUCGACCAGAGAGAUACGAGUACUCUCCACAGGUGCUGUGCAAAGAGGCUUUGUGGAACAUGAGGGCUUACUGGGAGGUGCAGCACUCGGGCUGGGUGGUAAUCGGAGCCUCUUAUGAAGGAGCAGGAAGGAGGGCAGAUUCUGGGCCAAGCGGCUUGGGAGAAAAUGAGGAGUCCUGGGGUCUGUGUUGGUUAGGAUCGUGUUACCAGAUCUGGUUCAACGGCGUAAACAAAGACAUAAACAAUGUCCCGUACUGCUCCACAAUUGGAGUUUACAUUGACCAGCCUGCAGGGAUAAUAAACUUUUACACUGUAACUGGCGAGGGAGCAGAGAGGGAGGUUAAGCUGUUGCAUGGAGUUAAGACGAUAAUCGAGAAGAAGAUUCUUCCAGGUUUCUGGAUGGGAAUUCAGUCCUCGUGCAAUAUACUGAGGAAAACAGAAUGAACUGCUGUAACAAAUCUGUGUUGUUGAUGCGGCGGUCCUUAAUAGAUUUUAAACAAAUGAAUCACACAUGCAUCGGUUCUGUUUUCAUUGUGGGAAUUGCUUAACAUUGUACUCUUCAUAAUUAAUUAAAAUAUUUUUCUAUUUUCAUUUACUCUAUAUGCUUUUUUGUAUGAUAUACUCUGUAGAUUGUUCUGUAGCAUCAUGUUGGAUAUUGCAAAUGAUGUUUAUGAAAGUUGAGUGUCAUGUGACUUCAUGAAAUCUGAAAUAAAGCAUGUAUUCAAACCAAA